AUCGCAACAGAAGUGAGUGCAAGGGAUAAUGCUGUAAAAAAUUACCCUGGCAUGCGUUCUAUCAAUAAAAAGUUAUUAAAAAAAAAAAAAAAGGAUUGUUUUGUUCAGGGGGAUUAGCCUGGGGGCCCAAGAAUUUUUAAAAAAUAUAUAUUUUGAUAAUUAUUUCAAUAUAGUUGGUUUUCUUUGUAACCUUCUUUAUUUUGUGCAUUUAAAAACAUUAUUAUGAGGAGGGGUCCAUGGGCUUCAUCAAACUGUCAGAGGAGACUGCGAUACAAAAAAAGACCUCUAAGGUCUAAAUCUAUGGUUCUACUGACAGCAGGUAAUGUGUUGGUUGCAAUAUUCUCCCACCUUUCCGGUUUAGUAAGCUUGAUACGGGAAGACCAAAUGAGAUAUUUGCAAAAAGCCUUGUGAGCUUUAAAAUGCCACUUUAAGCAUUCGUUGUCUAUAUUAAGUGAGGAACGAGCUUAGUCUUUUGUGAUCCUUUCCUGAUGAAGCCACGCUGGGGAAUGACAGCUCCUUUUUUGAAGUUCAGUAAUUUUAUAAUUUUUUGGUUCUUUAUAAUUCAGCUUAGAAGUCAAUCUCACUGCCCCUACUUUGUCGGGCAACGAGUGUCCCUUUUGAAAUCCCCACAUCAUCUGCCCUCCUGCAGUUUAGUUUUUCAUCAUCUUUCAAAACCAGAGCUCAACAACAUCACGAGAAAGCGGUUCAGAGCGCCCGACCAGCCAGGGGAAUUCGCGUUUCGUCUUGCCCUUACCACGCCCAAACGCAGGCCACGCCCCUUCUUGUUUCUGAGGUCUGGAGAGAAGGCUUCCCACCUGUCUCCUUUGAAAGUGAACGCGGGACGCUUACGAGACAGGAAGUCUUGUCCUUUCCUUGGAAAGAGGGCCGAGCUCGACAGCAUAUGACCAAUCAAAAGCGCAAGGCAGAACAGGAAGUAAGUUCUAGGGGCGGGACUAUUUUCCAGGAAGUGGCUGCAGUUGUUCUGCUCCGCUGCGUUAGAUCGCGUGGAUAAGUAUGCCUGGGAGAGAGGUCGGGGCAACGGUCGGGUGAGGGGCAGCCAAGGAUGAAGAUUAGGCGCUUAGCCGAGUCUUGCGGCGGGGCCGCCGGAGUAUUCGGCGUUGCCCUGGCGGCCCGCAUCGUCUUGGUUUUCUACGGCCUCUACCAGGACCGUACCUUGGUGGUGAAGUUCACGGACAUCGACUACCGGGUGUUCACGGACGCGGCGCGCUUGGUGACGGAGGGCCGCUCCCCCUAUCGGAGAGCCACUUACCGCUACACGCCGCUGCUAGCCUGGCUCCUCACCCCUAACGUCGGUCUCUCGGAGCUCUUCGGGAAGUUUCUCUUCGUCGGCUGCGACCUGCUGGCCGGUUUUGUAAUGUUGCGUCUCCUGCGGCUGUCCGGCCUGAGCCUCCGCCAAGCCUGCGGCUCUUGCGCUUGGUGGUUGCUCAAUCCGCUGCCCCUGGUGGUGUCCAGCCGGGGCAAUGCCGAAUCGAUCCUCGCCGCUCUGGUGCUAACGGCCUUGUACCUCCUGGAGCGGAGGAAGGUGGCGGGGGCUGCGGUGCUCUAUGGCUUGGCGGUGCACCUGAAAGUGUACCCGGUGACCUACAGCCUUCCCAUAGCCCUCUAUUUGCAGGCUGCGCCCGGCCGGGCGGCGGCGCCCAGCUCCCAGAAACGCCUCCUGGCGCGGCUCUGGGCGCGGGCCCGCGGGUUCUGUAGUCCGGAUGUGGUGCUCUUUGGAGGGGUGGCGGGACUCACGUUUUUUGCCCUGGGUUUAGGGUUUUAUUACAAAUACGGCUGGGACUUUUUGGAGCACACUUACCUCUAUCACCUCACCAGACGCGACAUCCGACACAAUUUUUCCCCUUACUUCUACAUGCUCUAUCUGACAGCAGAGAGCAAGUGGAGUUUUUCACUGGGACUAGCAGCGUUUGUGCCCCAGUUACUGUUACUCAUAGUUGUGUCUUUUGCUUUUUAUAGGGACCUUGCUUUCUGUUGUUUCCUUCACACUGCCAUUUUUGUGAGUUUUAAUAAGGUCUGCACUUCCCAGUAUUUUUUAUGGUACCUCUGCUUGCUACCUCUUGUGAUGCCACAGAUAAGGAUGUCCUGGAAGAGAGCUGUAUUCCUCCUUGGGCUGUGGUUUAUGGGACAGGCUUUAUGGUUGACUCCUGCUUAUUUCCUUGAGUUCCAAGGGAAAAACACCUUUUUGCUCAUUUGGUUAGCUGGUUUGUUAUUUCUUUUUAUUAACUGUUACAUAUUGGUUCAGAUUAUUUCUCAUUAUCAGUUGAGACAGUUGACCGAGAAAAUCAAAUUGCAGUAAUGGAUAAUAUUAAUAAGUUUCUGUGUUUUAUGCCUACCGUAUGAGCCACCAAAGUGCUUUAAAAAGUUUUUUAACUUAAACUUUGAGCAUUUUAAUCACCCCCCCAAAGAAAAGAAAGAGGUACACAAAACUCAGUUUACGCUAGAAAUCUCAAGUAGAACGUAGGGAAAAACUUGGAAGCUAUUAUUGCUUCUUGUGGAUGCAAUUCCAUUGAAGAACACUAGUAAAGGAAAGUUACAAAUUUGACUACAGAUUUCUCCAAUGUCUUAGUGCAGUGUUAAACUUGAAUAGGUUAUAUUAACCAUUAUACUGAGACUUUUGGAAUAUAUCCUAUAUUGUAGAGGAAUAAGUAUGUUUUCAGUUGCCAAAGACUUUUUUUUUUUUAAUCAUAGCUUUUUAUUAACAAAACAUAUGGGUAAUUUCUCAACAUUGACCCUUGAAAAAACUUCUGUUCAACUUUUCCCUCCUUUCCUCCUCCCCCUCCCCUAGAUGGCAGGUGAAGUCCCAAACAUAGUGAACAAAGACAUUCUUUGAAGAAAGAAUAGGAAUCACUUGCUGCAAGAUUCUUGCAGCCGAAUUAGUAAUCACUAGCCCUACAGAGUUGAGAUGACAAGUGCUAAAUAAACACUAUUUGGUUAGGCACAAUACUUUUUUCUUUUAAAUAAAAUAGAGUGGGAAUUUGCAGGGUAUAAGUAAUGAAUAAAACAAAUGUAAAUUGUUUAUCUUGGACUUCUCUGUAUAAUUUGAAGCUGAACUGCUAAAACCAUUUGACACCUUCAAAUGUGAGCCCUUUGAGAACUAGCACUGUUUUAAUUUUUUUGUCUGUGUCUCAGAACUUAGCAUAGUUUUAAGUGCUUAAUGAGUGGUUUUUUCGUUUGUUAAAUCAUGCCAUUUCAUUCCUUAUUUGGUUUGUCAGGCUCCAUCAUUUCUGCACUUUAACACUAAUGUUAUUGAUAUGCAAUUGAUUUUCAAUAAAUAAAAAUUAUUGCAUUUUUAAAAUUGAAAGAAGCUUAUAUUUUUGAGAAAAGUCUUUAUAAAUUCAAAUAUACUUGUUCUUCAGGCUUGUGUUUGUUUCUGGAACAGGGAAGUGGUAAAUAAACUAUGUGCCUAUCGUA